AUGAUCAGUUGGACAGCAGUGCUUCUGCUUAUUUUAUUGUAUCUUCUCAUUCUUCCCGGUCAAGCUGUAUUAUCAUACGAGCCACAAAUCAGUUAUUUUGAUGGGUCAAAUUAUCUGGAUAACUGCCGGUCUAAGUUGGAACGUCAUGUAACAGCUUUGUCUGGUUUAUUGAUAUCACAUCAGAUGUAUGGAAGCAUACCGUAUAAUUCUUCUAAAAAUUGUUUCCUUUUGAUAACAGCGCCGGCUGGUUAUCGGAUACGUUUGCGCGUUCUGGAUUUUAAUGUUCUGGGUGAUGCACAUAACUGUGAUAAAGAUACACUUCAUGUUUUUGAUCAUGAAAAACCGAUUAAUCCGCAAACGCUACGUGACUCGUCUCAGGAAGAUACCUCUCCGGGACCCAUUCUUGGUCAAUUUUGUGGUACUAUCAGAAAUGCCAGUGAGUUAGCAGUGUCAACCGAGAACGCAUUAACUCUCUGGUGGCACACAGAUGCUCAGACAUCAUUUCAUCGUAGUGGUGAAGGAUUCCGUUUGCUGUGGUCUGCAUUUCGCAAAUCAAACGUCGCACCAUGCAGUGCUCAACGGGAAUUCACUUGCAAGAACCAGGAAUGUAUUGCUGCAGAACUUGCUUGCAAUCGUUAUCCAGAUUGUAAGGAUGAAUCAGAUUUAAUACGUGAACUGCAAAUUGCCCACAAAUGCGAUUUUUUGACAGAUGAUCCGUUAGGCUCAUUAACUGGUCUCACACUCUUACUCAUCUGCAUGGCUGCAGUAAGUUUGUGUGCAUGCUUGUGUAUCUGUGCAUGCAUUUGUUGUAAAUGUAUGAAAACUCCUGACAAAUCUUGCACGACCACCGUGGAUUCAUUGAUGGAAAGAACACCCUGUUGCACUGCCAAUGAUACAGCGAAAUUGCAACAACCAACACCACCAACAUUUUAUCCACCGUCUCCUCCGGCAUUGCCACUACCAACCGGAAACAAGUUUUCACAGCAAAGGACUGUAGUAAACAGGUGA